GCGUGUACGCAUGCUCAGUGAGCAGUCUCGACUAUUCGUUGGGCGUAGCUACACCUGAGACUGACGUUGAGUUUGGGUAAUGGUUUGUCCUGUUCUCCACCUUGAACACGUCUACUCCUGAACUAGAGGGAAGUCGACUUAUGUGAGGUAUUUAUAGUUUUCAGAAUCCCGCACUGGGCAGGGUAGCGCUCGUGAUCCCAGCGCUCAGGAGCCUGGUGGGGAUCGCCUCAAGUUCUGUGCGACAGCAAGAUCCUGCCCCAAAACAAAAAGUCCAGAGCUGGAGACGGGAAGAGUGGGGGCCAUCCAAGGGCAGGCCGGGAACCUACAAUUUAAUCACUUUAAUGGGAACCAUACAUAGAUAGAAUAUAAUGUCUGGAAGCUUCUACUUUGUAAUUGUCGGCCACCAUGAUAAUCCAGUGUUUGAAAUGGAAUUUCUGCCAGCUGGGAAGACAGAAUCCAAAGAUGAGCAUCGUCAUCUGAACCAGUUCAUAGCUCAUGCUGCUCUGGACCUCGUUGACGAAAACAUGUGGCUCUCCAACAAUAUGUACUUAAAAACUGUGGACAAGUUCAAUGAGUGGUUUGUCUCGGCCUUCGUCACUGCUGGCCACAUGAGGCUCAUCAUGCUUCACGAUGUGAGGCAAGAAGAUGGAAUCAAGAACUUCUUCACUGACGUCUACGAUCUAUACAUCAAGUUCGCCAUGAAUCCCUUUUAUGAACCCAAUUCUCCUAUUCGGUCAACUGCAUUUGAAAGAAAAGUUCAGUUUCUUGGGAAGAAACAUCUUUUAAGCUAAAUGCAGAAACCUUCAGAAUCAGAGUGGGUUAUGCUCAGAAGUGUAUGUGUUGUACUCCUCGGUAAAAUAGCCUGGCAAGCUCUACAUGUCUCAGCUUACCUGUAUAGCAUGAAAUUUCUCUUCUGUUUAAAAACCUCAUCUUUUCAUGUUAUCACAAUUAGUAUUUAUCUGGGAACAAUUGUCACUAAUAUUUUAUUUCAAAAAUUAAUAAGCCUAUAACUUUUCUGAUUGAGAUAAUUAAAAAAAAAUCUUACAUUCCUUUUAA